AUGAAUGGUCGAAGCAUGUAUGUAUUGCCACUGCCUCUGUGGGAGAAUGUAGCUGGAGGCCAGUUAUACAUUGUUGGAGUGGCUGGUGGUACCGAUGAAGUUGUCUUGUGGCCGCGAUCUGUAUGUGCUCCGUUGUAUGUUUACUACUACAACAUGGAGAGGAACACUUUCAGAAGAGUUGAGAUCAAAGGAAUGGACGCAGUUAGGGACUACACAGCACAUGACACUAGACUAUGUAGAGGACGUGAAGCUUAUGGAACAUGUUUAGGACUCACUUGA